AUGAACUGGCCCCAUUUCAUGCCAUUUGAAAAAUUUAGUUCCUGGUGCCGUUUUAUCCUACUGCUCCCCAUCUAUUUCACCUCAUCGCGAACAGACUCUCUACAACAUCUGACAAUGGACACAAUGACGUCCGCCGAGAAGGUCACAAAGCUUCUCAGAGCAAAAAAUGCGACAGCUGAAUCUGUGGUCCCUAUUGCCUCUGAUCUUCUAUUGGGUUCUGUCUCCGUGUAUUUGCCCAAUGCCUCACAGUUUGUGUUCGACCUCAUAUGUGAUCGAAUGAAUGAUCUCCAGGGAAAAGCUUUCAAGAAUUGGAAGUAUAGCGCUGAUUUGUGGCAGCUCUGGAAAUCUUGCUGGAUAGAAUUGGGGAAGACAGACGCAAAUCUCGAGGUCAGAGCCAGGUCUUUUGCCAACGUCAAAAUCUUACAGGUGAUCCUGGAUGUCAUGGACAAGGCAACACAGGACUCGGCCCAAAUUGAAAGCACUCCAAAAUCUUCUAAAAAGCAUACAAAAGGGCAGGCGCUUGCGGACACUCAGGCUGUACCUGCUCACCAUUCUCUACUACCAGACAGUCACCAACAAUUGUCAUCCAUGUUCGAUUGUCUCGAUACCUUCAUGAAAACAGGCUAUAUUCUGGUUGACGAGUUUUCCACAAUGGGUCUUUUAAAGAGUUACUUCAAGUUGUUAUCGCUUCUCGACGACUCCAACAAGGAGUAUGAACAUUGGACAGAAAUAGUUGGCAAUCUCUAUCUGAUCCCACGUCAAUCAGUCAUCUACAAGCCUUCCAAAAAGGCUUAUGCAAAAUACUAUAGUGAGGUUCUCCCUGUAUCCCUUGCAAUUCUUGCCGAUUCAUCGAAAACAAUUUUGCAGAUUGGUCUCGAGUUCUGCCAUUCCAUUAUGUGUCAGAUUUUGUUUGAAGAAAAUUCUCCAUCAAUCAUUUCUCAUGUGAAGACUCAAGAGGAAUUCAUUGGAAAGCUCUCCGAUAGCGAGAUUGAAUACUUAUACAAAGAGGCGCUUCAAAGUCUAGCACCCAACGAUGUCACGCAUUGUGAGACUUUGUAUUCAGCAUUUACGAAAAAUAGGCUGCGUGAUUUAUGCACCUCCCUUCUUAGCUCCCUUUCCAAGCUCAAUCGCGUUUUGUCUCCAAAAGUAUGCAAGGAGCUUUUCGAUAACGAGCUCAAGAACGCAAACGUCAACUGGUUACUAAUUGCCCAAUUAAUGAGCAUCGACGCUACUCUAGCUCUCAAUUCCUGGAGAGUUGUGGUAGACAAGGCAUCGCUGUGUCAAGACUUCGACAAGAUCGCCCGCAACGUUGCUUUGGGAUUCGUGAGAGCCCGUGAGUAUCUGAAAUUUCUCUCUCAGGUUUUUCCUUAUGCCAUUCAAAAAUCAUCUGCAUGGAACACAGAAGACAAUAUCAAUGUACUCUCCUCCUACGUGGAUGAAUUAUCGGGAAAUCAGAUUAACCAACUUCUCGUGGAUUUCAUAGAGAAAGAGCUCGUAUCCCCUCUAUUUUUAGUGGUGAACGGUCUCCUCUCUUGUUCUUUGUCUAAACAAGAUGCCGUCAAGCUGUCUCUCUUAGUUCCAAAGUUGCGUGCGUUUGAUGAUCCGAGACUAACAUACUAUGUAUUAUGUCUUUAUGGCGAGGAAGCAGUCAUUGAUCAGUCUCAAGGCUCGAAAAACAAGAAGAAAUCCAACAAUUACUUUGAUCUUUGUCUUACAUUCAGGAUAGCGGAGCUUACAGGCGACAUUGCAUUAAUCCAAGAGAAGAGCACAAAGAGCCUGAUAAAGGCGCUCAAGGGAGCUGAAUUUUCAUCGUUUCUCAAUAGAUGGAUUGUCAUGAUUGAGCAAAUUCCAGAAAUUCAUCCAGAAGUGCUUAAGGCUCUAUUCACUCUGUCACCCGACAUUGUCGCCCAAUUCUUCACAUCUCAAGCUAUAAACGUUUUUGAACUUCCAACUGUUCUUGAGAACUUGCUGAAACAUUUCACAUCCAAUCCAGGUCUUUUUGACAAAUACGCAGAUUUGUUUCCUAAUGUUGUCAUCAGGAAAUACUUUGCAGAUCAAGUCGCUCGGUUAUGCGCGGACUUAAAAAAGAAGCCAAGUUCGCUCGCAAUACUCAGAAUACUCAGUUAUAUUCUCAAAGAGCCAACGCUCACAUACGCUAUCGAGACUGAUGUUGACUUUUUAUUGGCGAUUGUGAGAUCGUCCAACUCAGAAUCACUCAGCUUGGCACUAGACAUCGCUUCCAAUGUUUGGAAAGCCCACGUAAAAAGCAUUAAAACCCCUAGAUCAGAGGCCUACUUGUCGAAGCUCACAGCGAUACUCAUCGAGAGUCUCUCCAACUCCAAGUCUAAAGAUCUAGAAUUGACCAAAUGUGUACUCUCUCAAAGAACACCCGAAAUCUCAGGAGAUUUGGAAAAACUAGCCGAAGAAUAUGUGAUUUUUGUGGAGAAAAACUUCAAGAAGAAAGACUUCGGCCUUCAAGUUGAAGCCUUGCUGGGUAUCCCCUUCCUUAGUCAAAAAGCCCGCAAAGUGGGACGCAGUAUUCUUAAAUCCGGAGGAAACCUUGAGGUACCAAAGAACUUGACUCCAAAAAUCUUUGAUUUGGCGACCAAGACGCAUGAAAGUUCUAGCGCAACGUAUUUAUCGAGUUUGUUCGUCGCCAUCUAUCAAGACUUAGAUCCCGAAGGGCAACUCUCAUUGAUCCAUAGCUUUACCAAGUUCACUAUGGCCCUCUCUCCUGAUAACUUGCAUGUCCUACACUUCGAAAUCCUCCAGUCUUUCGAAGAUUCCACAGACUCCUCCUUGCAUCUGCUUUUAGAUCUUCUCGUGAUCAUGUUGUCUGGCUUAAAGAAAGCAGACGAGAAGAGCAACUCCACUCAAAUUGCGCUUUUAAAGACAUCUCUAUCUGCAAUUUCGACCGCCCUACCAAGAUGCAAAAGCCACGAUACUCUCAUUAGAGUCAUCGGAGGUCUUUCAACUGCGGCAUCUAGGAAUGGUUGGGCCUUCGAACAGUAUGUUGUUGAGUUAUAUUUGGAACUCAUGAAUAGUAUUUUCAACAACUUAACAGGGACCAGCGCCGAAGAAAUCUUUACUCUUACAGCUUCUGCUUUCUCCAACUUAUUUUUGAACCAGCGUUUCAAGUUCGCGGCCAGGUAUCAUUUGGUCUGCUCAAUCAUGACAAAGUCAAUGGAGCUCUUAUGCGGAAGUGGAAUUUUACUGAGAUCCGUCAUGGCAGCAACGGAAUACAAAAGAAUUCUUGUCUCUCUUUGUGAGCCACAGACUUUCUUCCAGACUUCUGAUCCUUCGCAAUUGACAUCCCAAGCUGCUCUUCUCAAAACUGCUUUUAGAAAGCACGCUCAUAUUAUUCUUGCUAAUUUUGUUUCUAUUCAUCUCUCAAACCCAUUCGUUGGAGAGGUGUAUGAUAUUGUCAUCGAUGGAGUUUACAGUUUAUGUGGGCUUUUAGGUUCCGAGGAGCUCAAACUAGUCAGACAGUACCUUGACUCUCAAGGCAGAACUUACUUCCAAACAUUGUACAACGAGUUCAAAAAUGGUCGCCUCCAACGCAAAAUUUAA